CAUUUACUUCAAUACAUUAUGUGUUCUUCAAUACUUGAAGUAAGACAGUAGCAUAGAUUAGCCUAGCUUGUUUAUUUUUGUCCUCAAACCAGGUGUAAUAUAGAAUAUUUACACUACAACGAUUUAGUCAGUACUUAUUUAAUGUGAGGCAAUCAUAGUCACUUUAAAUUUUCUGUCACAUGGAGUUUUUAAUAGGAUAAAAAAUAUUGGGAAAAUGACAGACCGGUAUAAAUAAAAUUGUACUUGUGCGGUAUUGGAAAAAAAGUUUUGAACUUUCGAAAUGUUAAGUGUAUUUAAUAUUCAAAUUCGUAGUUAUUAAUAUGUUGAUUGCAUGAGAUUAGGAGAAGUGUGAUUAGAUUAGUUCAAGAUAGUGGAUUAGUAUAUAUUGUGAUAAAAUGGAUAAUUUAAUUUCACUUAGUUGGAUUUUAAUAUUUUUUUCCUGUAACUGGGAUUUAGUACCUGCACCAAACUACGAACAAUAUAGAUUACGACCUGGCAUGCCAAAUGUGUGUCCUUAUCAAGAUGUACAAAUGAUAUUAGUUAGAGUCCCAUGUGUUCAAAGGUAUACCAGAAUGGUUAAAGUAUGGAAACCAAAUUGUGGAGGUACAAAAAAGUGGUGCAUAGGCCAUGAACGAAGAACCCAUUACUACAAGACAACGAGACAGCGAUAUCAGCACCAGUACGUCACACGGUAUAAAUGUUGUCAUGGCUGGCAGGAAGUCAAUGGUCUUGGCUGCAUGUUUCGGCAAUGUGAUCCAAACUCAUGCUACAAUGGUGGUACAUGUUAUGGUGGUUAUGAUCAGAGAUGUAGAUGUACACCAAACUUUGAAGGCACAAGAUGUCAACAUGAUGUUGACGAAUGUCGAGUAAACAACGGGAACUGCGAACAUAAAUGCUUCAAUUCCAUUGGUUCAUUUUACUGUGGUUGUCAUGAAGGUUUCCAGUUGGCAGAAGAUGAUAAAAGAUGUGUUGAUAUUGAUGAAUGUUCAACGAAAAAUGGCGGAUGUCAACACAAAUGUCAAAACAGCCAUGGUGGCUUUAUUUGUCUUUGUCCAGACGGAUAUCGCCUGCAUGCCGAUGGCAGAACAUGUAUUGACAACUCAAUUUCAAUUAUUAACAAUACUGUGGAAGAAUACGCACCCAGCAAAAGGAAAGAACCACAAUUUGUUUCCGGUAAUGCAAUAAAUCCUCAAGCUUAUGGAUAUAAACCACGUUAUAAAGAUAGAUCAUAUAUUAAAAUUGUGGACCUGCGCGUGAAGGCUGUUUCUGGAUGUACCAGAAACCAAGGAGGAUGUGAUCAUAUCUGUGUCGACAGUUAUAACGGUCAUUUCUAUUGUCGGUGUCGAGAAGGUUACCAACUACAGUCUGACGGGAAAUCAUGUAGAGUGUCUAAUCCUUGUCGUGCAUCAAAUGGUGGAUGUGACCAUAUAUGUAAAAAUGACAACGGUAGAGCCUCUUGUCACUGUCGGGAUGGAUAUACGAUUUCUAGAGAUAGCAGAAAGUGUCUAGACAUCGAUGAAUGCACUAAUGAAAAUGGAGGUUGUACACAGUCCUGUAUCAAUACUGCCGGUUCUUUUAAGUGUACCUGUACACCAGGGUACCAGUUAGGUGUAGACGGUAGAGCUUGUUACAGAAUAGAAUUAGAAUUGGUAGACAGUUGUGCUAUACAAAAUGGAGGUUGUGCUCAUAAAUGUCGUCAUGGUGAUAAAGGUCCCGUAUGUUCCUGCAGGAAAGGAUACUUCUUACAAGCUGAUGAAAAGUCGUGUGCAGACAGAGAUGAGUGUGGAUUAGGGGAGGACUGUUGUACACAAUUAUGUAAUAAUAAACCUGGUGGAUACUCGUGUGGAUGUCGAACUGGAUUUGUACUAAACCAUGAUGGAUGUGUAUGCGAUGAUGUUGAUGAAUGUUUGAAUGACAAUGGCGCAUGUGAACAAAUAUGCGUGAACUCAGAAGGUUCCUAUAGUUGUGCAUGUAAAGAAGGAUUUCGAUUGGCUCAAGAUAGACGUAGAUGUCUCCUUUUAACCCCAGUGACUCCAGCUCCCACUUUGGGACCUGGUCGUGGUGACCUUCCAGAUAUUAGAUUUGACACCACACCUAAAGCUGUAAUUCCAAUCACGGAAUCAGAACAUUUAAGAGAUGCAGUUAUUCAGAGUAAAAUUACAUUUGAAUGCCGACUAGGAACAUUUGGUGACGAAUGCGAGUAUGACUGUUACAAUUGUCAGAAUGAUGCAAGAUGCACUGCAGAGAAAGAUGGAUGCAUUUGUACAACUGGCUGGAUAGGUCCGAUCUGCAACGAUACAUGUCCAAAGGGACAUUUUGGAGAUGGUUGUAAUGCUUUAUGUACCUGUCAGAACGGCGGGUCAUGUGAUGCUGUUUCUGGUGUUUGUAUUUGUCCACCAGGGGUCAAGGGAGACAACUGUGAGGAUGGUUGCCCACCUGGGUACUACAAACAAAACUGUGACCAAAAAUGUCCGACACAUUGUCCUAACGGGUUUUGUAAUCGAAUUUUUGGUUUUUGUGAAUGUGGUGUUGGAUUUUUCGGACCAUCGUGUAACCAUCCAUGUCCAGAAUGGACUUUUGGAGCAAAUUGUUUGGAACAGUGUACAUGUCAUCAUGAAAAUACAGAGACAUGUGAUAAUAAGAUUGGAAAAUGUAUAUGUAAACCUGGAUUGCAUGGUAAGAAUUGCGACCAAAAAUGUGAAGAUGGUUUCUAUGGAAGGCAGUGUCAACAGCAGUGUAAUUGUCCCACAUCCUUUAAAUGUGACCAUGUGACCGGAACAUGCCUUUAUAACUGCCCAGCUGGUUGGAUUGGAGCAAGAUGUGAUCAAAGUUGUCCAAAGGGUAAAUAUGGAAAACAUUGUAAACAUAGUUGUGAUUGUCGAGGAAGUCCGUGUAAUCCAGAAACGGGCCAUUGCGUCUGUGAGGCAGGAAAACGUGGGAAACAUUGUAAACAUAAAUGUCACCCUGGAAGUUGGGGAGUAAACUGUAUGAAGAAAUGUCGCUGUCAAAAUGACGCAAAAUGUGACGCUGAAACUGGCGAAUGUAUUUGCGCGGAUGGCUGGUUCGGACGAGAAUGCGAAGAAGUUUGCCCUCAGGGAAGAUUUGGUGCUCAAUGUCUCUCUAGAUGUCAGUGUGAGAAUAAAGCAUACUGUGAUCCUAUGAAUGGGAAAUGUAACUGCACUGCUGGCUGGCAAGGCCAAACCUGUGAUAGAGAAUGUCAUCCUGGUACUUUUGGAGCAAAUUGCGCUCAAAAGUGCGACUGUCACACUAGUGCCGAAUGUGAUCCUGUUAUAGGAGAGUGUGUCUGCGCUCCGGGCUGGAGAGGAUCAAGAUGUAGCGAAAAAUGCAAAGAAGGAACAUAUGGACCCGGUUGUACACAGGAAUGUAAAUGUACGAACGGAGCAAUGUGCGAUCAUAUAAGUGGUGCCUGUGUGUGUUCGUCUGGAUGGAGAGGAAAGUUCUGUACUAAGGCAUGUCCAGAUGGAUUUUAUGGAAUUGACUGCAAGAAAGCUUGUGACUGCGGAAAUGAAGCUGAAUGUAGUCAUGUUGAUGGCAAAUGUGCGUGUGCGCCUGGUUGGAUGGGAGAGAGAUGUAGGAAGAGUUGUCCACCUGGAACGUAUGGUCAGGACUGUACAGAAACCUGUGUAUGUCAUAACAAUGGUACAUGUGAUCCUGUUAGUGGAACAUGUAUAUGUUCGUCUGGAUGGAAAGGAACCACGUGUGAAGAAGGUUGUCCGCCAGGCUUUUAUGGUACUAACUGUUUGUAUCGAUGCUUCUGUAUGAAUGAUGCAAAAUGUGACAACAUCAAUGGAAAAUGUAAUUGUCCGAAUGGAUACACAGGAAAGGCAUGCGAAUUAGGUUGUGAUAAUUUCCACUAUGGACCUAACUGUGCCCUGGAUUGUGGUUGUGUUAACAGCGAAUCAUGUGAUCGAUUUAGCGGUAAAUGUAGCUGUAGUCCAGGUUAUCGUGGUGAAAAAUGUGAUCAGGCGUGUCCUAAAGGUUUCUUUGGUGACAAUUGUAUAGAAACAUGUGACUGCCACAACAACGCCACAUGUAACCAUGAGAACGGAGAAUGUAUCUGUAAACCAGGAUGGAAAGGCCGCUUUUGUGACAAAGUUUGUUCCAGUGGUUCAUAUGGUAAUGAUUGCAAUGAAAUAUGUACCUGUGCCAUAGAUGAACCAUGUGAUCAUAUGACAGGAGCCUGUAGAUGUAAUCCUGGGAUGACAGGGGAUUUAUGUGAACAAAGAUGUCCAGAAGGAACGUAUGGGGAAGAGUGUAGUCAGACAUGUAACUGUACCGGGCAAAACUUCGCGUGCAAUCACAUUAGUGGACAAUGUGUAUGUAAACCAGGACACCGAGGAAAACAUUGUUCAAGAGUUAUUAAGCCAACUAAGCCAAAUAAAAAACAUAGAAAAGGUAGAAAAACUCGUCAUAGGAGAAAGCUGAGACGAAAAGCUAAAUUAGAGUUGGAAAGAAAUGAAAGAUCGGCUUUUAAAUGGACUGGUUGUAAAGAAGGACAUUUUGGUGCUAACUGUGACCAGGGUUGUCAGUGUGAAAAUGAUGCUUUUUGUCAUAUCGUUACUGGAGCAUGUACGUGUAAAGAUGGAUAUAUUGGUCCUACUUGUACUGAGUCAUGUCCUUCCGGGAGGUACGGUCCAAACUGUGGUCUGACAUGCAACUGCCAGAAUAAAGGGUCAUGUGACACGAGAACAGGACAAUGCAUAUGUCCGCCAGGUUACAAUGGCAACAAAUGUCAAAAUAUGUGUGUGAAUGGAAGAUACGGGAUUAACUGCACUGGAAUUUGCCGCUGCUCAGAAAAUAGUCAUUGUGAUCAUGUAACUGGGCGGUGCAAUUGCAAUCUCGGAUGGAUGGGUGAAUCAUGUGAUCAGAUGUGUCCGCAGGGAAGAUUUGGUCCAGGUUGCAUUCAUACAUGCAACUGUCGUAACAAGGCCACAUGUGACCCUAUAUCGGGAUGUUGUGGUUGUUCCUCAGGUUUCUAUGGUCAAAGUUGUGAACUAGAGUGUCCUGUUGGUAGCCAUGGACCGUAUUGUUCAGAGGAAUGCGAUUGUGUCAAUGGAGGGAAAUGUAACGCCAUGACAGGCCAAUGUAAAUGUCCUCUUGGUUUUGUUGGAGAUCAGUGUGAAACGCAAUGUAAAAGAGGAACGUUUGGCCGCCAUUGUAGAGAGGCAUGUGAUUGUGGAGAAGCAGAAUGUGAUCACAUGACAGGAAACUGUAUUUGUCCUUCAGGAUCAACAGGUCCUGAUUGCAGAAAAGCAUGCAGCAAAGGUCGGUUUGGUCCCAAUUGUGAAUAUUUCUGUGACUGUGAUAAUGAAGGGACAUGCGAUCCUUCGUCUGGUUCCUGUAUAUGCCAAGAUGGAUUUAUAGGUCCGAAAUGUGAAUAUAACGCAGAUGACGACACCACAUUACAGAUGCAAUCUAUAUAUUUUACCUGAUGGUCCAAUCAGAGGUGAUAUACCAUGGGCUUUGCUAUAUUACAAUGAUGGAAAUAGAAAGAAGUGAACAAAGGGAGAUUAUUCUUAAAAUGGGAGAUAACUCUCGGCUGGGUGCUAAAAUGCAAUCUUUCAUUUUGACAUUGAUAUGAUCUCAUUAUAUAUUCGCUUUAAUAUUGUUUAACUGUGAUUUGUACAUAACUUAAAUGGAAGAAAGAUUCAUAUGCUAUGAUUUUUUCUAAUCUACACAAUUGUAUUUAAGAGAUAAACAUAGGUAAAGGGAGAUAAAUCUAUUGAAAAAAAUUAUGUAUUUGUAAUAGCCAGUUCCAUGCAUGCUUUUAAAGCAUUUAUGUAAAAAAAUAAUCUGAUUUCUCGGCAACUUGCUAUAUACAUGUAGUAUUUAGAGUGUUUAACACAAAUUUACAAGAUAUUUUCAAGAGUAAUAUGACUUUACCCAGGUCUUAAGACUAACACUGUGAAAGCAUUUCUUAUAGCGUAUUUCAAUUGACUUGGAACAUUCCUAAUUGCGAUCAAGAUGACAAAUUAAAUUGAAAAGUUUAACAUUAUUGUUAUUUCUAUAUACUAGUAUGCAAAUAGAUUAACUUAGGUGUGUUGUAAAUACGAAAGUAAUGUUAAAGUAUUAACGCAUAACAAAAGAUGAGCUUUAGUUUUUUUUUUAGGACUAAUUUAUUAUUGAUAAUUAUGUGUAUAAACUAAAAAUCCAAAUUUAAUCUAAUAAAAUACUCAUGUAUUUGUAUUAAUUUUAACCAUUGUCUAUACAAAAAUAUAUUUCUAGUCAAUGUGCA